AAAAAGAAAUAGAGAUAUUUUUUAUCGAUUUUACAAUGUAAAUAGAUCAACUAACAAAGGUAGUCAGGGAAAAAGAGAAAAUGGCCACAGGUCGACAAAUUGAUACAGACAUUCUCUCGGAUGAAAUAUUUGACGUAUUAUGUUCAAUGUGUAGAAAUGAAGGCAGGAACACUGAAGGUGAAAAAUACUGUGUAGAUUGUAAAGAUUAUUUCUGUGUUAGUUGUGUCAAAGUUCACAGUAAAGUGCCUUUAUGUGCUGGUCACAAGGUAUUGGAUAAAUCUCAAGUUAAGUCAGGAACCAGUAAAGCUUUGCCGAGGGCACCAGCAGAGAGAUGUGACAGACACAGUCAUAAACACAUUGAUAUGUACUGUCAGAACCAUGAUAAUGUUGGCUGUUCUACAUGUAUGGCAGUUGAUCACAGAUUAUGUAAAGAAACAUUCUACAUACCAGAAUUUAUCCAAAACAAUACUUACCAAGUUGAAUCGAGAGACAUUCAAACAAAACUUAAGGAAACAGCCAAGACCCUUGAAAAACAAGCUGAUAGAUUUAAACAGGAUAAACAAAAGCUGUUAAAGAGGAAAGCAGAAAUACUGGCUGAUAUCAGAAAAUUCAGACAAGAACUCAAUGACCAACUUGACAAGCUGGAGAAAAGUUCUAUUGAUGAGAUAGAAAGUAAAGUCAAAUGUCUUGAAGACAAAAUCGAAGACAGUUUAAAACAGCUACAAGCAAAUAAGUCCAGGAUUAGAUCAGCUAAUGAUAAGCUAACAUCUACAAACACAAAUCAUUCUAAAGUGUUUGUUAAUGUGAAGAUGGGAGAAGAUGCUGCAAAUGUUGCCAAAAAAUAUAUGGAGCAUGUCAAAAUAAAAAGUACAAUAGAAGACAUAGAGUUUCAACCCGACAGAACAAUUCUUACACAGUUAGAACAAAAGAAAACCAUAGGUAUACUAUCAGAGAAACCUGCAAAGACUGCUGACAAUUUAUUUCAGACUAAAGGUAAUCAGUCAUAUAAUGUAAAAGCUAAGUCGGAUAAAGUUGAUUGUGAUAUCAUGAGUGCCUGCUGUAUGGAAGAUGGUACAAUAAUUCUAGCUGAUUUCAGCAACAAUAAGCUUAAACGGUUACACAGUUACAACUAUACUGUCACAGACUACUGUGAUCUACCUGAAAGGCCAUGGCAAGUGUGUAUGAUCAAUAACACACAAGUAGCAGUAACUGUUUCAUCAAAAAAGGAAGUUCAUUUCAUUUCUCUAGAAAGAAAUAUGAAAACAACGAACAAGAUUAACACUGGUUUUGAUUGUUUCGGUCUUGCAUAUGCAAACAGUAAUUUAUAUAUCUCAGAUUUCACAUCAAUAUAUAUGUAUACAUUAUCAGGUAAGAAACUUAAACAGUUCAGUAAGGAUCAAUCAAGACAAAAAUUGUUCUCUUACAUACAUAGUCUAGCUGUAAGUAAGGAUGCUACUAGGAUUUAUGUUGCGGACUUCAAUAAUGAACUGAUAGUACUGGACAACAAUGGUCAGGUUAUUACAUCAUUUAAUGAUGGACAACUAAAGGGGGCAAACUGUUGUUAUCUCACUGAAGCAGGUAGUGUGCUGGUAUCUGGACUUUUAUCCAAUAAUGUUUUACAGUUUACAUGUGAUGGUAAGCUGAUAGGAGAGGUUAUAAAAGUUGAUAGUGGAACAUGGGGAUUUAGAUCAGUCUGGUGUAAUCAACAAAUGACAAAGAUGUGUAUAAGUAGAUUUACAGAUGACAACAUUGAAGUGUAUGACAUCUAUAACCAGUAAAACAUUGAUUCACAAAAGAAAAAUAAACAUGUUUUUAAAUAUAUGCCUUUCUCUUAAAAUGUAUGCAAAGAGUAUGACAUGUUUUAUUUAUUAUAGGUAAUAAUUUCUUUUGGAAUUCCCAUUUUUGAAUGCAUCUGGUUUAAUUAUUAUUUGUUAUAUUACAUAAAAACUACUUAACUGUUUGAACAAUAUGAAAAAAAAAUAUCAUGUCAUGUGAGUAUUUGGCAAGCAUAGAGUUGUUUAGUUUAACGAGUUCUAUAAAUUUAGAGAUAAAUACAAAAUGAUAAUUUUUUAUAUUCACUACAUGCCAAAAAUAAAAAUGGUACACAGUAGAAAAGAGUAUUUCUUUUUAUUGAUGCACAUAUACAUGUAGUGCAAUGCUAAUAUUUAGCAUAUUUUGAUGUUUGAAUAAAACAAUAUCAUGUUAACUUGUGGUUACACUAGUGUAAUAUUCAUGUUCAUUUAAUGGCUUGUUUUAUACCUCUGUGCAUGAAUGAAAUAAAAUUCUAAUCUUAAAACCUCUUUAGUCAUUACCUCAACCCCAGAAUGCAUAAAGUUGGAUUCAUACAAAAAACCAAAUAUCUACGAUAAAACAGAAUAAAUGAUGGCUUCAAGUACCUUCCAUGAACAGGCUCAAUCAAACCGAGCCUGCAACAUUUUCAAUUUUGUCGUGUUGGGCUUUCUUUAGGGAUUCUGUAUUUAUCUGUUUUAAAGCAGCA